AUGCUGUGCCGCGCGCUGCUCCGCCGCGCCUCGGCCGCGCCUUCCCGUCGGUCCUCGCCGCUACCCCUGCAGCACCUCUUGGAUAGCUACCAGUGCAGCCACGAAGAUGACCACCUGUCUUACGGGGAAACGGGAAUGCCGGUCCCUCCUUUCGGCUGCACCUUUUCUGCAGCCCCGAAUUUGGAGCAUGUACUGGCAGUUGCAAAUGAAGAAGGAUUUGUUAGACUGUAUGAUACCGAAGCUCAGACUACCAGCAAACUCAUCUUCAAGGAAUGGCAGGCUCACUCAAAUGCUGUAUUUGACCUUGCCUGGGUACCUGGGGAACACAGGAUUGUCACUGCUUCGGGAGAUCAGACAGCCAAGGUGUGGGAUGUGAGAGCUGGCGAGCUUCUUGGCACAUGCAAAGGUCACCAGUGUAGCCUCAAGUCAGUUGCUUUUUCUAGAUUUGAGAAAGCUGUCUUCUGUACUGGAGGCAGAGAUGGAAACAUCAUGGUUUGGGAUACCAGAUGCAACAAGAAAGAUGGUUUUUAUAGGCAGGUGAAUCAAAUCAGUGGAGCACACAAUGUGGUUGACAAGCAGACUCCUUCCAAACCGAAGAAGAAGAGGCAGAACCUAAGAGGACUUGCUCCCUUGGUGGAUUUCCAGCAGAGUGUAACUGUGGUGCUGCUUCAGGACGAGCAUACUCUUAUCUCUGCAGGAGCUGUUGAUGGUGUGAUCAAAGUAUGGGACUUGCGCAAGAACUACGCUGCUUACCGUCAGGACCCGGUGCCUUUCAAGUCUUUUUGCUACCCUGGGACCAGUACUCGCAAACUUGGAUAUUCUAGCCUGGUUUUGGAUUCCACUGGUGCUAAUCUGUUUGCUAACUGCACUGAUGACAGUAUCUACAUGUUCAAUAUGACGAGUUUAAGGACCACUCCAGUGGCUGUUUUCAGCGGGCACCAGAAUUCAACCUUUUACAUCAAAUCCAGCACCAGCCCAGACGACCAGUUCCUGAUCAGUGGCUCGAGUGACUGCAACGCAUACAUCUGGAAGGUUUCUGAGCCCAGCCUUCCUCCACGGAUACUCCUUGGUCACUCUCAAGAAGUUACCUCCAUUGCUUGGUGUCCUUCAGACUUCACUAAGAUUGCCACGUGCUCUGAUGACAACACUGUGAGGAUUUGGCGCUUACGAUGUUGUCCUGAGGAGGAGAAAUCAGCAUUCAGCAAAAUCAACUUGGUGGGUUGGGUCACUCAGAAGAAACCAGAAGAACGUGGAGCAGGACUGCCAGCCAGCCCACUGAGUACUCCUGCCAAGGCCUUCACAGUGGGCAGCCCAUGCAUUUCCUCGCCACGGCCAGCUGCCUGUGCUCCCAUUUAUUCUGGAGACCUUCCCCUGUCUACAAACACUCCGACGGGCGCUCUCAAAACCCAGACGGCCGCAGCCUGCACCCCAGACAAGCGGAGUGGAGCCAGCCCAUGUGCUUCUCCCAAACUGAUCCCUUCCUCCAAAAUGUCCAUUAAACAUUGGGUUACAAGGACUCCAUGCUCUUCUCCUCCAGAAGUGGGGAAAAAGGCUCCUUCUCCUAGAAAAGCACUGGCAGAAGUCACCCAAGGUCUCCUGGAAGCUGCCUGCCCUCCUAAAACCCCACACUCGCAGUUUGAAAAGCGUGCCAAGAGAAGGCUUGAGUGCAGCAAGGAGGACGAUGUGGGGCAGAAGUGUCUGCAGGCCUGUAGCUGUGUGACUGAACUGGACCAUGCGACUAAGAAAUCCAAGCUGAAUUUAUGUCAUUUGGCUGCAGACCAAAAAGCUUGUGAUGAAGGCUCUCUCAGCCUGGCUGACUUGGAUAACAACUGCAAAGGCUCCAGCCUCAGCCCGAAAGAGCCUUCCUUUCCUGGAAGCCGUAUUAAUCCAUUGGGCAUUCAAACUCCCCCCCAUCUUUUCAGAUCUCCAUGUGGGAAAGACACUGAGGUAGUGGAUAAAGAGAACAGUUCACCUGAAAGAAAAAAUUGGUUGUCUGCUCUGGGAGAGAAGCUUCGGACUGGCACAACUGGCAGCCAGAGCGUGUCAAACAGCCCCCCAUCAUCUUGCAGUCCUGCUGCCAAACGACAAGAGGCUGUGGCAGCAGCCACUUCGCCAAAAACUGCUGCAACCACUUCAGUUUCCAUGAGGAAGAUCUGCACAUACUUCCACAGAAAGCCACAGCAUGACUGAAGCAGCAUGCGGCAGUUGCACCUGAUGGAUGUUGACACUGUGGUAUCAAGACCAGAUUUAGCAACACCGACAACGAUGUGCCGGGAUUACACAGUUUGUUGUCAGACAUUCAUA